AUGAGCCCAAGCGCCAUGUCCUCAAGCAAAGCCUCGACCAGUAUCUCCAUCGAUACGUUCGAUGGAGACAAUUAUGCAACGUGGUGUCGUUACAUGCGUGGCGUGUUUCUGACCAAGUCUCCCGAAGAGCUUCGACAACGUGGUGCUAAAUUUGGAGAUGAGCAGCGCAGAGCUUCGUACCCAAGAUGUAGUCAAGGUGCUGACGAAGAGCACGCCAAGCGUCAAGGGGAAAAGGUGACGACAACAGCGACUACGGUGAAGACUGAAGAUGCAACCAAGACAUUCAGUACCGAGCGUGAGUCCUACCAAUGCACGUAUUGUGGCAAGGUUGGGCACACGGUGGAUCGCUGUUGGACGAAACAGAAAAAUGGAAGUCGUGGAUCUCGACGCGGCGGCAAUGGCCGUGGACGCGGAGCUAACAUCCAGUGGUGA